GCGGGCGGGACGGUUCGGGGGAGCUGCUGGCGGCCUGUGUCUGGGGGGGCGGGACCCCGGCGUCCGCUGUCAGCGCCCGCAGCGGCGUGGGGACCCCGCGGGAGCUCGAGGAGGAGGUGCGGCGCGGCGCCUCCGCCCGAGGGGCCUCCUUUCCACACCCCGGGGGUCGGAGGUGACCCUGCAGCAGCGCGCGGGGAGGGGCGUGGCGUGGCGUGGCGGGCCGCGGGCGGAGGAUGCCGCUCUGCCCCAAGGGGCCGGUCCCCGCGCGCCUCUGCGGGAGUCCCGGCCCCCGCACGCUCGUCCGCCCGCCCCCUCGAACUGCGGCUCAGCCCCGGCCCCGCAGCGGCUGGGUGGGCUAGUUUGCUUGGUGUCUUCCUUCUCCCCACCCCUUUCGCCCCCCUUCAUCCUCCUGCCUCCUCCCAGCCCCAUUCACCGGGCUGAGCGCGACCUCGCCCCUCCUCCGCUCCCGCCUUCCACGCCUCCGCCCUCUAAUGAGCAUCUCCGCCUUGCUUUCGAUGGGCCGGUGCUGCUGUCGCUGCUGCUGCCCGCGCGGGUUGUGGAUGUUGUCGGCUCCGUGUUGUGAUGACAGGAGAAUGUGUGUGUGUCCCGGGCCCAGACGGAUUGGAAUCCCAGUCAGAAGUUCCAGUCUGCCACUUUUCUCUGAUGCCAUGCCAGCACCAACUCAACUGUUCUUCCCUUUGAUCCGUAACUGCGAACUGAGCAGAAUCUAUGGCACUGCCUGUUACUGCCACCACAAGCAUCUCUGCUGCUCACCCUCUUAUGUUCCCCAGAGUCGCUUGAGGUAUGCACCCCAUCUGGCAUAUGCCACCUUCUGCAGGCCAAAGGAGAACUGGUGGCAGUACACACAAGGAAGACGAUAUGCUUCUACACCACAGAAAUUUUACCUCACACCGCCACAAGUCAACAGCAUUCUGAAAGCAAAUGAGUACAGUUUCAAAGUGCCGGAAUUUGAUGGCAAAAAUGUCAGUUCCAUCCUUGGGUUUGACAGCAACCAACUACCUGCAAAUGCACCCAUUGAGGACCGGAGAAGCGCAGCAACCUGCUUACAGACCAGAGGGAUGCUUUUGGGGGUUUUUGAUGGCCAUGCAGGCUGUGCUUGUUCCCAGGCUGUCAGUGAAAGACUCUUUUAUUAUAUUGCUGUCUCUCUGUUACCCCAUGAGACUUUGCUUGAGAUUGAAAAUGCAGUGGAGAGUGGUCGGGCAUUACUACCUAUUCUCCAGUGGCACAAACAUCCUAAUGAUUACUUUAGUAAGGAGGCAUCCAAAUUGUACUUCAAUAGCUUGAGGACUUACUGGCAGGAACUGAUAGACCUCAACACUGGGGAGUCAGCAGAUAUUGAUGUUAAGGAGGCAUUGAUCAAUGCUUUCAAGAGGCUUGAUAAUGACAUCUCCUUGGAGGCUCAAGUCGGAGAUCCCAAUUCUUUCCUUAACUACUUGGUGCUUCGAGUAGCAUUUUCUGGGGCCACUGCUUGUGUGGCCCAUGUGGAUGGUGUGGACCUUCAUGUAGCCAACACUGGUGAUAGCAGAGCCAUGCUGGGUGUGCAGGAGGAGGAUGGCUCUUGGUCAGCAGUCACUCUUUCUAAUGACCACAAUGCUCAGAAUGAAAAAGAACUUGAACGACUGAAAUUGGAACAUCCAAAGAAUGAAGCCAAGAGUGUGGUGAAACAGGAUCGACUUCUUGGCCUGCUGAUGCCCUUUAGGGCUUUUGGAGAUGUUAAGUUCAAGUGGAGCAUUGACCUGCAAAAAAGAGUGAUAGAGUCUGGUCCAGACCAGUUGAAUGACAAUGAGUACACCAAGUUUAUCCCUCCUAAUUAUUACACACCUCCUUAUCUCACUGCAGAGCCAGAGGUAACUUACCACCGAUUAAGGCCACAAGAUAAAUUUCUGGUGUUGGCUACUGAUGGCUUGUGGGAAACAAUGCACAGGCAGGAUGUGGUUAGGAUUGUGGGUGAGUACCUAACGGGCAUGCAUCACCAACAACCAAUAGCCGUUGGUGGCUACAAGGUGACUCUGGGACAAAUGCAUGGCCUUUUAACAGAAAGGAGAGCCAAGAUGUCCUCAGUAUUUGAGGAUCAGAACGCAGCAACCCAUCUCAUUCGCCAUGCUGUGGGCAACAACGAGUUUGGAGCAGUAGAUCACGAGCGCCUGUCUAAAAUGCUCAGUCUUCCUGAAGAGCUUGCUCGGAUGUAUAGAGAUGACAUUACAAUCAUAGUUGUUCAGUUCAAUUCUCAUGUUGUGGGGGCAUAUCAAAACCAGGAAUAGUGAGUGGAUUAUACUCUGGAAGUGUGCAAAAAAUAGAUUUAAAGGGCAGAUUUUUUUUUUUUAAGAUACUAAUAUAGUAAACGUUUUUACUGAAUCUUUCUAGGUAUUUGCCUACUUGAUAUUCUAGAAAGUGAAAUUCUCCAAAUUAACUUAACUACAGAGUGGUAGGACCCCAAGAGUUUCAUUCCGCUUAGUUUGGAAAUCAUAGCCUGCACUUGAGGGCAAGCCAGUUCCUUAUUCACAUGUAUAGAAUGUGAUGACCUAUGACAUUCUCUAUGUGAGAAUGUCAGAAUGACCUGGCUCCUAGGAUCAUGAUUAGGCCUAGAGCAAGCAUCUUGCUGAACAUAUUCUCUUGGUAAAAAGGAAGGAAAAUCACUCUUCACACCUGCAGGCCCCUUUUGUCUUUAAAAUCCUAGUGCACACAAAAACCUUAUUUAUUGCAUGAUUUCCUAGAUAUACAAUCUAUGCAUUACACAGUGAUACUCAAAUCCAGAACUGUAAAGCCAUAUAUGACCGAGAACCAAGCAAUCAAAUUUGUGUUUGUAAUUAUCUGACUGGAAUGCUGCUUUUGUGGAAAAACAAAUUGUUCUUUUGCCCACCCCUGAUUACCUAAUUAGAAUUAAAGCAUUUUCUAUUUUACCACAUAGUUGAAGAAAAAAAAAAGGUUUUUAGUUUUACCUACUCAUAUGCUGGUAUUAAAGAAAAAAAAGAAAUUCUUUUUGUUUGUAUCAGUGAAAAUAUUUAAUUUGAAAUAAAAAUAUUCGGAAGAAAAAGCCUGAUAUACUCAACUGUUGUCAUCUGUAGUCACCAGCACAUUACCUUAUGCAAUCCCUAAGAGCUUAGCCGUUUCUAAAGGUGUGGGUAGACUCUGCUGGGAAAUCAUACUUCUAAUUUAGUAGGAAUAAGGAUUUUCAUUACUUUAUAAAAUAAAUAUCAAAUUCGGGAAUUAGUCUUAAUACUAGCUAGGGGUAUUUAGAUAAGAAGGGAGUUUUUGUUUUCCCCUUCUUAGGCAUAGGUCAAUUAAAUUAUUUGGUUUAAAAUUUACUAAAUGCUUUAAACAUAUAGCUUAUAAAUAGGAGUGUUAAGAUAUACACAUGAGAAAAUUUAAAAGGUAACUAUUGUGCAUGCCUGAUGCUUAAUAGAACACUUAGUGGCAUCAAGUGUCUGUGGCAGUCUCCAUGAUUAUAUGCAGUCCCUUCUAAUGCUGUAUCAAACUAAACUAAAAUAAAUAUGUUCAGAUUGGCUUUUGGGAGCUUAUUUGGCAUGCACCAAAUGGCAUUUUGUUUUUGUAUUUAAUGGUGAUCUGUGUACAACUGUGCAUAUAUUUUCAUCUCUUAUUCUAGCAUUACUGUUAAAAGAAUGCCAAUGGCUAUAUUUGAUAUUCAUGUAGAUUAUAACAAAACACAAUAAACUUUCCAUUAUAUAAUUAGUUGAGAAGUCUUGGGAGUUCUUUCAGGUUUUUAUAGAAUAUGAACCAAAUGUUACACCCCUUGGAUGGUGCACUGAAACAUUGUGGAAUUUGUUGAAAAACUUGUUCCUAUUGAAAAUAGACUCAGGAAGAUUGCAGCUCCAAAUACCAUAUAAUAUUUGUCUUCUAAAUACUCCCCCCUUUUUUUUUUUUUUUUUUUUUUUUGGGGAAUUGGCUUGGAACUUUUCUUCUAAGCAGUAUUUUGGAGGGUGAAAGGCUGUAUUGUAUAAUAAGUGUUUUAACAGAAACUUCAUUUUGUUUUUAAUAAAUACUAAAGCAUUUAAAGCCAAUUUUCAGGCAACUGUUUGAAUUUCUCUAGAGCCCCAUGACCGAAGAGUUCUAUAUUAUUUAGUGAAGUCUCAUCCCUAUAUAGUACAGUAUAUGUAGCCUAUUGUUAUUAUCAACGUAGUAAUUCUUACAAGAAAUUUUGACUGCAGUCUGAAAGCUAAUCUAUUCUUGAUAUAACUGACAAUGCAGGGUGGAGUUGACAUUGUAGAAAUGAAAAUUGAAUGUUAGAAAUCUGAAUGUAUGUCCACUUAAAGCAGUUGUGAUUGUAAGCGGUUGUCACUGUGAUGUGAUGUAUAGAGUUAAAAAAUAUGUAUAUGUUAACUUCCACGGUACUAAGUUUUUCUUAAACUUUAUAAAAUAUUUUAACUUUCUUUAUAUUGAUUUAUACUAUACCCAUAAUUUGUUAAAUACAAUUGUGGUAUACUACAAAGUAAUUGGAGAAAAACUGUCUUAUAAAAGAUUGGUUUGUAUGAAGACACGAAAAAUUUGUAAAUAACAGCACAGUGACUGGUCAGAAAAAUUCCCACACAAAUUAAAGCUUCAUAUCUUCUUUCUGAA